UUUGCAGGGUCAGUUCGUCGUCUGCUCCACGAUGGCGCGUGACGAUUUGAAAAGUGGUGGAAAUGGUGGUGACGAUGUCAAGGCCGAACGCGGCAUGGCGACGUUGUCGACCUUGAGAAUCGGGACGAAGGCAAUGGUUGAAAAGGAUGGCGAAAAACGAAAGGCUGAAAUUCUGUCUAUGCAAACGAGAAAAGGCCAUCCGACUUUUUAUGUUCACUAUCAGGACUUCAAUAAACGUCUGGAUGAAUGGGUACCCGCAGAACGAUUUGAUCUAUCACAAGAAGUCGAAUGGCCGAUACCUGAAAAGGCUGAAAAGUCGAAGCAAAAGACAGCUCAGUCAAAAUCCCAGACCACCAAGAACGAGAAUGCGAAGAAUACCAAAGUCGGUCAGAAACGUCCUCGAAGCGGCACUGCGACCCGGGACGCUUCGGAAGCGCCUUCGGACCUGGGAGCAAAGCUCAGCAUUCAACGUACGGGUGGUGGCAAGGAGAACCGAGACCCUAAUGUUGCAGUGCUGACCGAGGACGUGGAUGGUACACCGCAGCCAGAUGACGAGUCCGCUGUAGAUCUGGUUGACAUGCAGGAAGCUGCCGCUGCAGCGAAAGCCGUUCCCGAAACCGUACCAUAUUCUCGAGAAGAGGAGAUUGAAAAGCUGCGCACGGGAGGCAGUAUGACGCAGAACCAAACCGAGAUCAGUCGAGUGCGAAAUUUGGACAAACUACAGAUGGGAAUGCACGAGAUUGAGCCGUGGUAUUUCUCCCCAUAUCCAGCCGAGUUCACUGAUUGCGAUAUGGUCUACAUCUGCGAGUUCUGCCUAUCCUACUUUGGUAGUCAAUUUCAGUUCGGUCGCCACCGCAAGAAGUGUCAGCUCAAACAUCCGCCCGGGAACGAAAUCUAUCGGGAUGAUAACGUCUCCUUUUUCGAAAUCGACGGGCGCAGACAACGAACCUGGUGUCGCAAUCUCUGUCUGUUAUCCAAACUCUUCCUCGAUCAUAAGACAUUGUACUACGACGUGGAUCCUUUCCUCUUCUACUGCAUGACCACGCGCGACGAACAUGGUCACCAUCUCAUCGGUUACUUUUCCAAAGAAAAAGAAUCUGCAGAAGGCUACAAUGUCGCAUGUAUCCUAACCCUCCCACAAUGGCAACGAAAAGGCUACGGAGCUCUCCUCAUCCAAUUCUCCUACGAGCUCUCCAAAAUCGAAGCCAAACUCGGUUCUCCCGAAAAGCCGCUCUCCGAUCUCGGACUUCUAGGCUAUCGGGCCUACUGGCAAGAAGUCAUCGUCGACCUCUUACUCGAACGCGAAGCCGAAGCAGGCGGCUCCGGCGGCAUGGCCUCGAUCGAAGACAUUGGCAUGUCCCUUGCCAUGACCACCAACGACGUCUUGCAUACUUUGCAAAACUUGAACAUGCUGCGAUAUAUGAACAAGAACCAUGUCAUUGUACUCCCCGACAGCGUCUUGGCCGCGAGAGAUGCUCGAAAAGAAAAAGAAAAAAUCAAGGGAAAGAGAGUCAUUGAUCCUGAGAGAUUGAUUUGGAGACCUCCUGUGUUUACUGCUAGUGCGAGGACUUGGGCGUGGUAGAAAUGAACAAGUACGAAAGAGAAAAAAAAAGAAGAAUUGAAUCGGGUUUCUGGAUGUACGCGAUACGACCUUGGGGGGAAAAAGAAAAAGAAGAA